AUGCCCUUCUACCAGACACCCAUCCCGCCCCUCCCGGCUACGGCCUCCUUCACUGGGCAAACAGUCGUCAUCACCGGCGCGACGGGCGGCAUUGGGCAUGAACUCGCCCUGGAAGUGCUGCGUCUCGGCGCGGCCAACGUCGUCCUCGGCGUACGCGACGUCGUUAGAGGCUUGGCCGUGCGGCUUGAACUGUUGGCCGAUGCCCGUGUCCGCGCUGUCAAUCCCACCGGCGCCAUCAUUAUACACGAGCUCGACCUGUCCAGCUUCGCCAGCGUGGCCGCGUUUGCCAGAAAGGUUGAGCAGUCGGAGAAGAGACUCGACGUGCUGCUGCUGAACGCGGGAAUCAACCUCGCGCGCUUCGAGCAGACGGUCGACGGGCAUGAAAGGUGUAUGCAAGUCAACGUGCUCUCCAAUGCGCUUCUCUCGCUGAUGCUGCUCCCGCUGCUUCAGCGCACCACUGCCUCGCACCAUCCCACAAUCACCUGGGUCGGCUCUCUCGCACAGGGCUUCCACUCUCCGGGACUUCCUGCCGCCACGGCCACCUCUGGUAUUCUCCCACACUACGCUGCUCGCGCCGCGUAUUCCCCACUCCGCCGCUACCCGGACACGAAGCUUUUCGUUGCUCUGUUUGUGCGGGAGCUCGGGGUACGCCUUCAGCAACAGCAUGGUGACGUUGUGGCGAACAAUGCCUGUCCCGGCACUGUCAAGACAGGCGCCGACAAUGCUCUCCCCUUCUACCUGCGCAUUCCCAUGAACCUGAACCGCGCGCUGCGAGCGCGUUCGGUGGACGAGGGCUCACGGGCUGUGUUGUGGGCUGUUCUUGCAGGGCAGGGUCAGGGCUCGACGGCAACGGAGAACGGCGCGUACUUGGCGGAUGGAAGAGUCGCAGAACGCACGCCAUUUGCAGACACGGCUGAGGGAAAAGCCUUGGGCGUGAAACUGUUUGAUGAGAUCGUGGCUGAGGCGCAGCGCAUUGAUGCGGGUGCUGGGCGGGGCCUGACUUUGGCGUCUUGA